AACGUUAUCUCGGUUCACGGUGGAAUUCAUGAGCUGGUAUAAAAGAUAGUAUAUUGGCAUCUGGCUACCUAACUUCAUUGUUUCUAUAAUUUUCUUUAACACGUGCGAACCGGCGUUAAUAACUGGCCGCUACUAAUAAAGAUUUAUUAGAACCAACAAUUUUCGUUUCAAGACACCGCAUUCGGCUUGCUAAGCUAGAUUCUCAUUGACCCGGGAUGGAAACCAGCGAAAGUGAGGACAAUCUUGAUAUUCUGCAAUCUCCGCCAAGGCUUGGAUUAUGCGAAGUGUGUAACGCGGUGCCGGCAAAGUACACCUGCCCAAAAUGCGAAAUCAAAAGCUGCUGUUUGAAAUGCAUCAACAUCCAUAAGAAGGAACUCAAUUGUGAUGGAGUUCGCGACAGAACCAAGUACAUCCCACUUAAAAAGAUGACCAAAAUGGAUAUGAUGAGCGAUUACUAUUUCCUGGAAGAAGCAACCCGAUUUGUAGAUGAUCGAAAGCGUGAUAAAAUCAAGCGAUAUACACGUUACAAUAAAAGUCUACCGUCAUGCUUGUUUCGAAUGCGCUGCGCCGCGCGGGAUCGUGGCACAACUCUGAAAUUUUUGUUGCAAAAUUUUACCAGAAAUCAACGCAAUACGAGUCAGCUCAAUUUUAAAACCGGUAUUAUACACUGGCGUGUCGAAUGGUGUUUUCCUAACGCUGAAGGAUUAGUGUUCAUCGAUGAAAGAUGUGAUGAAAAUGAAAAACUUUGCGCUCUGCUUAGAAAAUAUCUUGAUGAGGGACAUUCGGAUAAUAUACCGAGUAAGAACAAACUUGAAUAUUACCAGUCACGCGGAUUGAACCAUUUACGAGUACUUCUGAAAGCAGAAGGAGUCAAACGAUGCAAGAACCGAUAUUUCGAAUUGAAACCAAAUUUAUCACUUAAAGAUAACCUGAAAGGCAAAACAAUUGUCGAGUAUCCAGUGAUGUACGUUAUUUUUAAGGAUACUAGAGAAGGAUUUGAUAUAAUCGAAUCCGACGAUGAUGUUGAAUCCGAAACAAAAUCCUAUCAAAACUAUUUGGAUCAACAGUACGGUCAACGACCGCAGUCAUGCAAACGUACGCACCAGCAGCAGCAAGAGCAGGAAUCAAAACUAUUGCAGGGCAUCGACAGACUGGAAAUAAACAGAAAGCGCGAUGAGCGACGAAAGAAAAAACAGGACGCCGAGCAUGAACCACUGAAUUUACUUUUCAGUGACGAGCGUCUGUGGAACCAGUACUCGUCAGAUUCGGAUGGCAUGGUCACAGAAGAAGAAACUGAUGCAAAUGAGGAUAACACAAUUCUCUCGCCGAAAAGAAUUAAAAUAAAUACGCAAUAAAUUUUGUUCUGUACAUAUCUAUCUCUUUUUAACGUCAGGGAUUUAUGGAAUGUAUGUUUAAGUUAAAAAUUUAUGACUUGCAUAAAAUUUGAAUUGUUUUCACAAAACAUGUUAAGUUACAAGUCUUUAAUACUUUAUUCAAAUAAAGGAAUACCUAAAA